AUGCCCGCAUCAAGCAGUGACGGUGCCGACAAAGAGGCCCUGGCCACAUUUGAUCGUUACCCUGAUCUACCAGGUGAACUGAGAAUCAAGAUCAUCCGCGGAUUUAUCGCAAACUGGCGUGACGCAAACCCCUCAAGCGGAUAUCGAGCCCACAAUUUUGCAAUGUUUGCAGGACUCCACAGCGAAUGGCAGCAAGAGUUGGAGCCCCAGCCUGAGCUCUGGGGAUCCCUCUCCCUUACUGCCGAUGAUCUGGUCACCUUCCGUUUGAUGCUCAGCAAACUUCGUCGUGACUCACUCUCAGAGGUCAUUCUUUGGAUUUCGAUCAAGGACAAUGUCAUUUCCCCUGAUGGACAAGCCCAGCAUCUCAUCAAUUCCUCUGACAUCAAAUCACGGGUCAGCGAGUUCAUUGUCCAUUCUGUGUCCACUCUCCUUGAGUGUGUGGAUCAUUGCAGUUCCACAUGUCCCAGACCAGUCAGAAAAGGUAUCGAAUGCUACACAAAGAUCACAUACCCAAAGAUCAUGGGUCUUGGCAGUCACACGUUUGACUGCGACUUCUCCCGCAUCCCUAUAACGAAUGCAGUUUGCACGUUCUCUCAGGGAAAGCAUUUCAGGGGACCCAGACCUAUUGGCAGCUCGUUCAGCCUCAUCCAAAACAGAGAGGAUUUCCUGAAUCUGAGUCCAUCCUCCCUGCUGAGUCUGUUCAGCCGGCUGCCCAACCUGGAACGUGCAUCUCUCUGUCUGGAUACGCCAGACUUAACAGCGCCUGUUGCUACAAGUGAAGCUCGAGAUUUCGCACAGGUCAGCGAUUGUCCCAGAAUAAAGGUGCUUUCACUCAUACGUGUCUAUUCUCUCCAUGGGCAAAACCAAGACAGCCAUUUGGAGAACUCCCUCCCAUGGGUCAGCAACUGGAGUCAAAGCAUUGAGCGCCUCACUCUGGUUGAUAGGGACAUAGCUGGAUUCCUUCGUGGCCUCUCCACUCUCGGGCACAGCACGGGCACGAUAACUUGGCCCAACCUUCAGAUGAUUUAUGCCGGGGGAUGUUAUGAGCAAGAAGGUUUUCCACGCAGAGGAAAUAACUUUGAGGAUGUGUUAAGCGCAGUUGCUGCAACACUUGUCGUGUUGCCAGCAAUCGGGGACAUUGUGGUCACCCAGCACUGCGUCGACAUCCUUUGUCCCAGCAUUAUGACCGAACUCAGCUUGCGAAGCGAGUCAAGCCAGCUCGAUGUCACGUACGGCAUGGCUGACCCCAUGCCUAUGAAGCAAUCAGAGCAGAUUCGGGGAGCAUGGCGCGGCGUGUCCAACAGGGAGCCGCGUUAUUUCUGGAAACUGUUUUCUCAACACGGUGCUACCAAGCUCGCAGCCGCUGUGGCGGAUAUUCAGGCAAUUGUGAGCAAGCAGCAUGGUCAGGAUUUGAAGGUCACCUUGCCCGAGCGGGAUGAAGAGCCGGAGUCGCCAUGA